AUGUCGGACUUCAAAGGAAAAGUGGUUGCCAUCACCGGAGCAGGGUCUGGCCAGGGUCGCAUCCUUGCGCAGUUGUUGGCCCAGCGAGGAGCACUCGUCUCGUUGGCCGACGUCAACGAGAAAGGCCUCGCUGAGACCAUUCAAUCGCUGGAAAACUCGUCGUCUCACCUUUCCACAGUUGUAGAUGUGCGCAAAAGCGCGUCUGUGGAUUCCUGGAUCUCCAGUACUAUCGAGAAGUUUGGAAAAUUGGACGGAGCCGCCAACUGGGCCGGCGUCAUCAGGAUCAACCCCGUCGUGGAGGAGACGGAUGAGAACUGGAACUUUGUCAUGGAUGUCAAUUCCACGGGCGUGUUCAACUGUAUCCGCGCCCAGCUUCGUGUCAUGAAAGACGGCGCUUCUAUCGUUUCGGCAGCAAGCACUGAGGGGCAGAUUGGCUGGCCGACAUUUGCAGCCUAUUGCGCCAGCAAGCAUGCCGUGAUUGGCUUGACCCGUAGCGCAGCUAAAGAACAUGUGGGAAUCCGCAUUAACUGCGUCGCUCCUGGUUGUACGGAUACUCCGAUGAUGGCGAAUGACACGGUCGAGAACUCGGACGAGAUCCGAGCCCAGGUUCAGAAACGCAAAGCGAAUCCGAUUGAGAUUAUGCGUGUGGCGGCCUUCUUGCUUUCUGACGAGGCGAGCUUCGUGACCGGGGCUGUCUAUAACGUGGACGGAGGAUGGGUUUGCUAG